CCGAGGGUACUCGCGGAUCAGACGUCGCCGGAGUCCGGCAGGCAUCCCCUGGGAGGUGUUCCUCCCCACUGGCCUCCCGGCCCAUCCCUGGGGCCACUCCCCUGCCCCACCCCAUUCCCUGGGCGCAGCCGGGGGGCGGAGCUGCCUCGGUGUCUGUGCGACCUGGUUCGGUGCCCAGUGUGCCCCCUUCUGACCUGCGGCCUCCAGAACAAGCCUGGUCUCCAGGCGGGGAGAGAGGCCGCGGCUGGCAGAGCACGCCUGGCGCCUGGCGGGGCAUGGCCAGGGCAGGCCCCAGGCGUCCAGGAGGGACAGGUAGAGCUAGAGUGGACUCGGGAACAGAGCCAUCUGGAGAAUUGUCAGCGAGGAGUUGAAGCCUCCCGACUGCAAGGGCAGAGCCCUGGGGACAGUGCGGCCCUAACUAGAGUGCCCCUCGGGUCCAGGUCUCCUCUCUCCCGCAGGCGCCCGGCUCCCAGCCUGAUGCCCCCGGCCACCAGAAGAAAGUGGUGUCAUGGAUAGAUGUGUAUGCUCGUGCCACCUGCCAGCCGCGGGAGGUGGUGGUGCCCCUAACUUUGGAGCUCAUGGGCACUGUGGCCAAACAACUGGUACCCAGCUGUGUGACUGUGCAACGCUGUGGCGGCUGCUGCCCUGACGAUGGCCUGGAAUGCGUGCCCACUGGGCAGCACCAAGUCCGAAUGCAGAUCCUCAUGAUCCGGUAUCCGAGCAGUCAGCUGGGGGAAAUGUCCCUGGAAGAACACAGCCAGUGUGAAUGCAGACCAAAAAAAAGGGAGAGUGCUGUGAAGCCAGACAGGGCUGACACUCCCCACCACCCCCAGCCCCGCUCUGUUCCGGGCUGGGGCCCUGCCCCCGGAGCACACUCCCAAGCUGACAUCACCCAUCCCACUCCAGCCCCAGGCCCCUCUGCCCACGCUGUACCCAGCGCCGCCAGCGCCCUGACCCCAGGACCUGCCGCUGCCGCUGCCGACGCCGCAGCUUCUUCCGUUGCCAAGGGCGGGGCUUAGAGCUCAACCCAGACACCUGCAGGUGCCGGAAGCUGCGAAAGUGACACAUUGCUUUUCAGACUCAGUGGGGCCACUUGCCUCACAGGCCACACUCCAGAGGGGGCCUGACGGGCCUGGGCCUCUCUGGCCAUCUCUUGUCUCUGCAAGGCCACCAUCCAACAUGGUGGGCAGAGUUGGAUGACACUUGGAGGCAGCAAGAGGGGUCGCGUACCAGCUUGGGAGAGAGUGGGGUCCUGUUUCGGUGUUUAACCCCCGUGUAAGUGCGCGUCGUACAGCUGGCCCCUCCCUCCCUUACUAAGAAGACCCUGAUGCUCUGCAAAUAAUGGGAGUUGGGCUUUGGUAUGAGAACUGUGACCCCCGACCCUGAUAAAAGAGAUGGACGGAGCU